AGGAAUUAGUGAAAAUGGCGGAAUCUAUAAAACCAGCUGAUUGCGUUUUCGCCAUGUCUCCUUCUAAAAGAACUGAGUUCUCGACCUUAUGCAUUACACUCAUUCGUAAACAGUAGAGUUCUCGGUGAUUUUGCUUUAUGUUUAUUUUUACCUGGUAUUACUUUUUUGCCUUCAUAUUUGUUUCGUUGAGGACGUCUUUUAUUUUGGUUUCCCACCAGAGACCGUCCUCCAAGAAAAACACACAUAAAAUACUUGGAAAACUUAAUUAUAUAACAUCAAUUACAACUACAUAAUUUCAAUUAUAAUGAAAUACUUUUAACAUGUGAUUUCGUGUGGUGACAAAUCGACCCUAAAAUCCGCACGAGACGCUUCUUGUUUUGAGUGCGACAUAGGGUUAUUAACAAUGGCAGUCAAAAGUUGUGAUUGUCUCAAACUAUGCAUGAGUAAAUAUUGUAAUAUUGAUGGGAAAUCGGAUUGAAUCAAAGUUGCCAUCAAUAAGAGACAGACAAUCUUUACUCAUAUUGAAGCUUACCAUCGAAAAGGGUGUUGUUCAAAAUGGAAAUGAAAAUUGGGACAGAAAUUCUGUAACUCUAUAUCUAAUCUAAAAUUCCGUUCCCACACCAUUUGGCUGAUUAUUGGAGGACAUAUAAUGGUGGCGUAGCAUGCUGAGUCCAAAUCAUGCAUAUAAGACGAACAUUACAAUACUUUGCGCGACUUCUUAGGAAGCGCAUCUGGAAAAUAUCGGCUUUGUCGCUUCUAAUUACACUAUUCCUCAUGUAUCAAAAGAAAUUUGACACACACAGCCCAAGACCAUCGGCUUGUGAACCAAUGGAUGUGGUUUAUACGUGGGUUAAUGGAAGCGAUCCAUUAUUUCAAAAAGCAAUAACGCAGUACAGCCAGAGCUAUGAGAAAAAUAGAUUUGAUGACAAAAACGAGUUAAGAUAUUCUCUGCGUUCCUUGGAGAAAUAUGCUCCUUGGAUAAGACAUAUAUACAUCGUUACAAAUGGUCAAAUUCCCCAUUGGCUAGAUUUGACAAAUGAACGGAUAACCAUUGUAACACAUGAGUUUUUGACACCAAACAUUCAAUGGCUGCCAGUUUUCUCCAGUGCAGCUAUAGAAACAUUUAUACAUCGUAUACCAAAUUUAUCGAAUCGAUUUCUAUACUUAAAUGAUGAUAUCUUCCUGGGCUCUCAUCUAUAUCCGGAAGAUCUCUACACCGAUUCGGAAGGGACGCGCAUAUUCCAAGCAUGGCUUGUCCCAGAGUGUUCUCAAAACUGUCCGUGGACGUAUAUUGGAGAUAAGACAUGUGACCAAAACUGUAACAUUUCGGAAUGCCAAUAUGAUGGAGGUGAUUGUACCGAUGGUGAUGAUUAUGUGCAACGCAGAGGCUUACUGCAUACCAUCGAACGUAGAGGAAAAAAAUCUGAAGGCACAAUCCUGUUCAGAAAUGUCAGGACAACAACUAAAAAUAUUGGAAUAAAACGUUUUUGGGAUAUCCUGCAUAGCUAUAAUUUAACACGAAAGCUUGACAUGAAAACACUUGUCGAUAAUUACAACAAGCGGCUCCACAACCAGCAAUCAAAGAACGUACCACUUAUACCGAAAUUUGCUAACAAUGUGAGAUCCUUGCAAAAAACAAGUGAACACUUUUCCCAAUCUCUAAUAUAUACAAACAUGCUUCUAAAUCGCCGAUAUGGGUUUAAGGCCCGUCACGUAAUCAGUCACGUCGGUUUCCUACUGGAGAAGACAAUCAUAGAAGCAAUGCAAAAAAAGUUUUCCCAAGAAAUAUUAACAACAGCAACCCAUAGAUUUCGCGCUCCUAAUGACCUUCAAUUUGCUUUUCUGUAUUACUCAUUCCUAAUGGAAGAAACCUACAAUGAAACCAUAGACAAUAUAUUCGAUGAGUUCGACACAGAUCAUUCGCUUACAUGGUCCGAUAGAGAAAUAAGAACGUUUUUGUCAAAAAUCUUCCCGUUGCCUUUAGAUUGGUCCGCAGUUCGUUUUUUUGAAGGUGUAAUUCAAAACUGUAGUCAAUCUCCCGAAUAUAAAUACGAAGACUUUGCCCACAAGCGACAUACUACUGUUUUAUACGAACGAUACGAAGAUUCUCAUUUGCCUACCGUGUCCAAGGUCUUAGUUAAGCAAUGUUUACCGUUGGUUGAAGCGUUACAACUAAAUUUUGGUACGAGGCCCAAGUAUAAGUAUAAAGUGAACUCAAAGCGAAAUACGUUUAAUAAUUUUAUGAUGCUCUCAUCGAACGUAACGGAGGUUGUCGAUGCUUUAGAUGGAAUUAGAAGGAAUCCAAGGAAGUUUAAUUGCAUCAACGAUAACCUAGAUCCAAAGUACGAAGAAGAAAAUGAAUUGAUUCGCCAUCUGCUGGAGGAUUUCUAUUUAUCCCUAUUUCCUCAUAGAAGUCAGUUCGAGUUGGACCAUCAAUAUCGCAAUAGAUUUACAAAUUGGAGAGAUUAUGUAAAAUGGCGUUGGCAAAAACAAAUAUUCUAUAUAAUGAUAUAUGGGUUAUGCCUUGUGGUAAUCGUUUACAUCGGCCAAUCAAUCUGGAGACAAAAAACCAAAUCCUAUUUAUAACGUUCCUAUUGGACUUUAUAAAAUAAUAUGUUUUAAUUGAACUCUUAUGAAAUCUUCAAACUUAAUAAACAAAUUGAUAAUUUGCUAUCUAA